CAUUACUACAUUCACAAUUCACAAAAAAAAAAUUAAACUUACAAAAAUGGGAAGGGUUGAGUAUUUGGCCAUGAAGACUUCAGAUGAGACGACGGCGAACCUGAUCAAUUCCGAUCUGGACGAGUUCGUUGCCGCUACAAAGAAGCUCGUGAAAGACGUAGGGAUGCUCGGCGGGUUAGGCUUUGGCACGUCUUUCCUCCAAUGGGCCGCUUCAUUCUCCGCCAUUUAUCUCUUGAUAUUGGAUCGGACCAAUUGGAGAACCAAAAUGUUGACUACCCUUUUAGUGCCAUACAUCUUUUUCACACUUCCUUCGGUUAUCUUCCAAUUCUUUAGCGGAGAUUUUGGGAAAUGGAUUGCUCUCAUCGCGAUCACUAUAAGACUUUUCUUCCCUAAACAGUUUCCAGAUUGGCUAGAGAUUCCUGCAGCAUUGAUUCUUCUUCUAGUGGUUGCACCGAGCCUCAUAGCUGGGACACUAAGGGAAAGUUGGGUUGGGGCAGUAAUAUGUCUUGUAAUAGCAUGUUACCUUUUCCAUGAACACAUUAAAGCUUCAGGUGGAUUCAAAAAGUCUUUUACCGAGAAGCAUGGAAUCUCCAAUACCCUUGGGAUCGUUGCCCUCCUCGUUUACCCAAUUUGGACCAUAUUUCUUCACAUCUUCUAAUUAAGCCACCCUCCAACCCCAUUGGCAAUUGUAGUCUUGAGUGUUCUUAUUCAACGUUUGAUUUGUCUAAUUUCUUUAUUAGAAGCAUUUGUGUUUGAGAAAGUCUUGCAUUUAUUUUUAUAUAAGAAGUUUCAGUUGAGCUGACUUGUAAGAUUUUUUAUUUUAUUUUUCUAUCUUGUAAAUGUGAUGCCUUGUAAGAUAUAUGAGUUUGUAUAUUGGUUUGUGUGCUGAAUGAGAUCUUUAUUUUUCUAGUC